AUGAUUCUUAGCGAAGAAGAUCCGUCAGCCGUCUGCAUAAUGACUAAAAAAAGUAUCACUCCAGAAGUGAAAUUAUUGGUGACAUUGAGUGUGUCUCGUGAUGCUGUUUUUUGUUUUAAUUGUAUUCAUUUUGCAAAGAAUUUAAAAACUGACAAUUUAAUUACAACUGGAUACAACAAUUGGAGAAAAUUGAAUGGAAAGUUGUUAAAACAUUCAAAAACUGUUCAACAUUUAACAUCAACUGUCCAGUAUAAUAGCUAUAAAAGCUCAAAAUUGACUGGCACUAUAGUUACUCAAUUAUCAACUGCUAAAAAAAAUGAAAUUUUAAAAAAUAGACAGUAUAUGAAAGUUCUUAUAAAUAUAACCCUCUUUUGUGCUAAACAGGGACUUGCUCUAAGAGGUCAUGAUGAAAAGUCAUCAACAGUUUCUAAUACUGGAAAUUUUAAAGAGCUUUGUACAUUAUUUGCAAUGAACGAUAAAGAGUUUUCAGACUUUUUUAACAGAAAAAUUAACUAUACAAGUUGGAUUAUUCAAAAUAGUAUACUUGAAGUUUGUUCAAAUAUGACAAUAAGUACUAUCAUUAGCGAAAUAAAAGACUGUGGAAUGUACUCUAUUAUGUGUGAUGAAGCAAGAUCCUAUAAAACAGAACAAUUAUCAAUAUGUGUUAGAUACAUUAUUCCUAAUAGCUAUAGUGUAUGUGAACGAUUUAUUGGAUUUUAUGAUGUAUCAAAUGGGAGAGGAGCCGAACAUAUUUCUAUUGAAAUUCUCUCUGUUCCAAAAAAAAUUCGGCAUUUCUGAUAUUCCUCUUGUGGCACAAACAUACGAUGGUGCAAACGUAAUGUCAGGAUCCACAUCUGGUGUUCAAACUAGAAUAAGAGACUCUCACCCUGAAGCAAUUUUCAUUCAUUGUAUGGCCCAUAAAUUGAAUUUGGUUGUAACAAAUACUUGUAGAACUAUUAAGGAAUCUAAUACCUUUUUUAAUACUCUGGAAGCAGUUUAUGUGCAUUUUUCACAGCCUGACAAAGAUAAGCUAUUACAAGAUUUACAGAAAUCCAUGCAAAUAAAAUCACUAUCGAUUUCUAGAUUAUGUGAAACACGGUGGUCGUGUCGUCUUAAAAAUUGUAAAGCAGUACAUAAUAGUUUUGGUGUAAUAGUAAAUAUUUUACAAAAUGAAAUAAAUGAAGAUACAAACAAAGA